CACCCAUAAUUACACCCAACAAUGCUUUUAACUAUAUAGAAACCUGAGCUCCUGGAGCUACCCAGUACUUUUUACAUUUCUUCUUUAAUUUUCUUUAUCUUCUAAUUAUAUAUACCCAUCAAUCUCCAUCAUCUUUUUCUCCCCUACCCACCAUAUAUCAUCUUUUUUUAUCUUUCCUUCCAUGAUGGAUCCCUCAUGCAUACCUUCUUCUGUCAAUGGCUUCUACAACUUUCUCAACCAAGGACUCGAUGAUCUUGAUCGAUCCUUGCUCUCUCAUGACUUCAUGUCAACCCAGUUCCUUCAAACUGUGCUCUCUUCACUAAGAUCCUUUCAUUCCCAGUUAACCAUUUUGGUUCAAAAGCUUCACUUGCCAAUAGGUGAAAAAUGGCUAGAUGAGUACAUGGAUGAAAGUUCAAGGCUUUGGGAAGCCUGUCAAGUACUUAAAUCUGGUGCUUCCGGAAUGGAAAAUUACUAUUCAACUGGUGCCAAUAUAGCUUCCUCCUUUGAUGGUUACCACCAUUUAAACCCUCAACUUUCACGUCAGGUAAUUCGAGCUAUAAGUGGUUGCCAAAGGGAAAUUAUAGCGUUGGAAGAGGAUAACAAGAGCUUGAUGGAAACAAGAAUUCAACCACUAUCAUUAUGUUUCAAUGAGAACAUCUCAACAGUAUCAAAGUUCAACGGGUUCAAUGGUUUUCGAGGUGUUCUUUAUGCAAUGAGAAAUGUUAGUUCAUUGCUUUUGAUGAUCUUGCUUUGUGGACUAGUUUACUGUUGGCCUGCAUCGAUGUUUUGCCAAGGAGGGUACGAGGGAAAUGCUAUAUUUGGUUCAUCUUUCAUGGUCUCAAUUCAAAGAUUGCAACAAAGAGUGGCAAAUGAGAUAGGUCAAAUUGAAGGGCAGCCAGGAAUUUUGCUAUACGAGUUCCGGGAAGCGAAAAGCACCAUGGAAGAGUUGAAGCUUGAAAUGGAGAGGUUUUUGGAGUAUGAAGCUGAGGUUGACAUUCAAGAAAGGGCUGAUAGGUUGAAGAAUUGCUUUGGGUUGUUGAGAUGUGGGGUUGAAACUAUAAUUGGACAGCUUGAUGAUUUUUUUGAUGAAAUUGUUGAGUGGAGGAAGAAGCUUUUGGACAUGUGCACUCAUAGGUAGAGAGAGAGUUUGGACACAUGAGCAACCCUAAAUUGAGAGGAAAAAUUUUAAAAGAAUUUAAAAAAAAAAAAAGAAAAAAAAAAAAGAGAAGCUCAUAACCAGUGCACAACUCUCCCACUCUUCUAAAUUGGCAUUAAUCUCAACCAUCUCUCUCUUUCUCCAAUUUUUUUUUUCUAUCUCGAAGUCAAAAAGGUCCUAUUCAGUGCACAAAAGUCCAGCUUUUUAACCAAAUUGAAACUAAUCUUAGUGCCUUACCCUUCUCUCUCUCCCCCUCGCUCUGUCUUCUUUUUUUUCUUUUUCCUUUUUUUUUUUCCCUUUUAUAUCUUCAAGUCACUUUGUUUUAAAGCUACAAUAGUGUUGAAGCAUUGAGCUAGCUUUGUCAGAGCAUACCCAGAAAGGAAAAUUCUGAAGGAAAGAGAAUGUGAUACUUUGCUUUGAACAAAAGCAACAUUACUAUCCAAAGGAACAAGAAGAAUAUUAAGACAACCAAUAGCUAGCUUGAAUGGAAAGCACAAUUUUCAUAUCCAAAGUCAGAUUCUUCUCCUGUUAGAAUGAGAAGAUAACAUAGAUGGAGUAGAGAAAAUGAUGCUUCUUGUUUGUCCCACUGGACCAGAUGUCACAGAUAAUUAAGUAUUUAACAUGUAUGAGGUUUGCCAGAAUUUUCUAUGAAACAGUUUGAGAGUUACUAAAAGCA